GAAAAUUAUAGUGUGUUGAAAACUACAGAAAAUUACAAAAAAACUACAAAUUAUAUACUGUAAGCAAAGAUAAAAACAUGAGCACGUCAAAAAUAUUCUGUAAUAACAUUAAGAAUGCAAUAUAUAAACAAACCUGAAUUAUCAAAGAUUGUAACUCAUAAAUUCUUUUCAAGGGUCACAAAAUUGAUUAUGAGAGAUAUCAACAAAAGAGUGGUUACUUGUUGGUUUUUGAUUUCCUCUAAUUUUUUGUUAAUUGGCCUGAGAGACUGGUAUAGUUUACUGUUUAAAAUUGGAAGAGCCGAUAAAAUCAGUUUUGAUUCAACUGUAAGUAGAAGUACAGAAUCAUGAAGCAAGAGAAAAAAACAACAGCAAAAAAAAUUCAAACUGAAUUGAUGAUAACAAAGGAAUUGAAAAAUAAAAUCAUAAAACAAAUAUCUGAAAUCUCCAAUAUUCAAUAUUCAAAAAAGAUAAUGAUAGUGUUAUGAAUAUUUUAAAAUAAAAUAGAAUAU